CCACGACGUUAGGGGGCGCGCCAACAUCCGAUCCGUGACAAACUGACGUAAACAAACCGACUGAAGAAAGAAAUAACAGCAGCGGCGGAGCUUUGGGGGACACAGGUUGUGAAUGGCAGCAUCUUCGUCCUCGUCCUCGGCUGGCGGGGUCAGUGGCAGCUCGGUGACCGGGUCCGGCUUCAGCGCUUCGGAGCUCAUCCCGCCCAGGAAAGUCCUGUACACAUACCCGAAAGGAGCUGGAGAGAUGAUGGAGGAUGGAUCUGACAGGUUUUUGUGUGAGUCUGUGUUCAGCUAUCAAGUUGCAUCCACUCUGAAGCAGGUUAAACAUGAUCAGCAGGUUUCCCGGAUGGAGCGUCUGGCGGGGCUGGUGGAGCAGUUGGAGGCGGACGAGUGGAAAUAUAAACCCAUCGAGCAGCUCCUGGGAUUCACGACCUCAUGAUAUCUACACAUC